AUGGGCGAGAUCGACGAUGGUACAGAACCUGCUACGUUGGGCUUGAAUACGCUUCAAAAGGCUUUCAAGGGGACGACUAGCUCGUGGACUAAGAAGGGCGACGGAGCCGUCAUCAUCAAAUUCUCGAGUACAGACACGAAAGACGUGACUGUGAACAUCAUGUCGGGAGGGAACAGGAUCGACGAAGUCGACGCUCUUGGUGGUAAAACGCUGUACCUCGACCGCUGGCGUCCAGGAUUUCUCGGUCUUCCAGGAACAGGAGGCGGGUCGCUGGUCCUGUGGGUACCUAGAUCCUCUCAAGGAGGCCAUUUGGAGCUUAAGGUGAAGCUUAACGUGAGCUAA